AUGGUGGCUCAAAUCGCGACGGCGUCGGCGCAGAUGGCGCAGUUCUUGGCGGAGAACGUGCGAUUUUCUGGUAAUGAUAUGAUACUCUUAGGGUCGAACAUGAUCGCGUGCGCGUUCGUGUACUACUUUUUGCGCUUCUUAAAGCUUCCCGAUCACUCGUGGUACUUGACGCUGUACUCGUCCUUUGUCACAUCCUUCGUCGGGUUGUACUUGUUUUACCACGUCUGCCACGACGGGUUCACGGCGACGAUUGACAACGAAACGGAUUUGUCGCGAUACGCCGCUAUAUUCUUCAUCGGUUACUGCAUCAUGGACUUGUUUCUCGGCAGCAUGCACUACGAAAACUUGCUGACGUACGACGACGGCUGGACGCACCACUUUUUGUACAUCGCGGUGUGCGCAUACUUGAUUCACGACGGUCUCACGUCCUUGUUUGCCAUUGCGCUCGUGGAAGAGCUGCCGAUCAUGUUGUUGGCGUUCCACGAAGUGCAAAACAAGCAGCGACCGAGCUUGCUGUUUGGCGUCUUGUACUUUCUCACCCGCAUCGUGUUCCACACGGUGUUGAUUUACAAGGCGGCGCAGUUCUCUACUCUUGUGUUCACCGUCGGCCUCAGUCUGUUAAUGCUGCACGUAAAAGAGUUCCAGCGUUGGGUUCGUGGAUACUUGAUGCGUUCGCACGGUCGUAAGCGCAUGCCUUUCAAGGGGAAGCUCGUGCUCUUCGCGAUGAUGUUGGCGGCGAACACGAUGGCGCACGCCUACGCGGCGUACGACUUGGUUUACACCAAGUACACUCAGCCGCCGUCGGUCCCAAUUAUUGUCAUGCACGCGACCAUUCUCUUGAUCUUUAUGUAUCGUUUUGGCGUCGUUGUGCACGAUGUGUACACGCAAAACUUCAUCAUGACGUCCAUCGGCCGCAAGAAAAUCAUCUACAAUAUUUCUUGGGAAGAUCCCGCGGUCGAUCACAAGGUGAUGCACAUGAACGACCAAGACGUGGUUCUGACGAUCUCUUCCGCUGGCUGCAACGUUCUGGACUACCUGUGCCAAGGUCCGAAGAAGAUCAUCGCCGUCGACAUGAACGCCGCGCAGUUGCACACCCUCGAGCUCAAGCUGGCGUGCAUUCGUGCGUUGAACUGGGAGCAGUUCUUCGACAUUUGGGGUCGCUCGAACUACAAAGUGUUCACAUCUGUCUACGAGUCCAAGUUACGCCCGCUGCUCAAGCCCGAAACCGCUGAGUUUUGGGAUGACAAUCACAACUUGUUCCGAGACAACUUCAUGUACGCCGGCACGUCUGGUCUGAUGGCGAAAAUUUUGUGCUUUCCGCUGCGCCUGUCGGGCAUGCGCAGACGCGUGAUGAACCGCGAACAGUUUGAAGAUAGUCCGGGCGGCAUCUUUUUCUGGUUGACGUUGAAGUUGUGCUCGAUGACGUUCUUGUGGAGUUGGAUCGCGCCGCUAGGCGGCGUGCCUCUCGAGCAACUCAACUUGUUGAGCCGCAACCCGGAGGUGUUCGCCGAUCGCUUGGUGGAAGUCCUCAAGGUGCGUGUGUGGAAGCCUAAUAACUACUUCUACUACGGCUACAUCGUCGGUGAAUUCGCUCCCGAUUGCUGCCCGCGCUACUUGGAGAAGAAGAACUUUACCAACCUGAAGAAGAGAGUCGACCGCGUCGACCUCUUCCACGGUACCUGGGCUGAUGCCGCCGUUCGCGAAGGCCCGGGCUCGAUCACCAUCGCUUCGCUGCUCGAUUCCAUGGACUGGAUGCCGGCGGAGAUGAUUGCGGAGAACAUUUCAAAGGUGGUGGCGAACAUGGAUAAGGAAAAGGGUCGCAUCUUUUGGCGUUCGUUCGCCGAUUGCGUGCACUCUCCGGUGCUCGCGCAUCUCGAUGGAACUCUAGUACCAGAUUACGAUCGCGUUGGCUGGUAUCUCACGCAGUUUAUCGCGCCUACGCCGAAAAACUAUAAUCCGGAGAUGAUCGUGCAAAAGGGCAGCGGUCGCACGUUCACGAACUCGUUCGGGGCGGAUGUCUCGGUUAUGUUGGCGAUGGCAAAGCAAGGCUUGAGCAAAGUGAAGGAUGUGCGCGAGUUCUACAAGAAACAGGGCAAGAACUACGACGGUUUCCGCGAGGCGUUGUUACCCGCUCGUGAUUUGUUCAUGCGCCACGUCAUUCCGUGGGCGAAAGAACCGAAGACUUGGAUUUCUGUCGGCUGCGGCACGGCGCGCGACGUUGAGUUCGUCGUCGGUCACGUGAGAAAGUGCAACACCAAGGUGUACUUGUGCGAUUUAUCUGACGCCCUACUUGAAAUGGCGCGCGAACGCGUGAUGGAGCUCGGUCUCGCGCCUCAAGUGGUCUUCGUGGAGGGUGACAUCAACAGCGCCGCGGUGAAGAAGAAGUUGCCCAAGCAAGCGGAUUUGGUGACGUGCUCGUACUGCUUGACGAUGAUUCCCGAUUGGAAGAAGGCGUUGAAGACCAUGAGUGAUUUGGUCGCCCCUGGUGGUAACCUAGCGUUGAUUGAUUUCGUCACUCGCGAGGGUAGAGAGCGAUCCUGGGAUCAGCGAUUAUAUAAGUGGUGGUUCGCCAUGGACGGCGUCUUCUUCAACAAAGAACACCGCAAGUGGUUGUUGUCGAACGAGGACUACAAGACCGUGUACUACGCCGAAGAGGAAGGGCGCGUGCCGUACACGCCUUAUCGCCCGACGCACUACAUGUUUUGCGGGGAAAAGCUGGCGUGA